UGACACUUAAACUUCACGGCGUCGCAAGUCAAGACAGAUCCACUAAACAAGCACAAAAAGCCCUUUUAAUUUUCGAAGAACCACGCCCGGACCCAACGACAGCGACCAGGUUUCGGUUCUGCGACGUCGUCGUUCUUCGCAGCUAAGAGCCUCUUCCGUGGGUGGGACCCGAGACUACUCUGAUAUAUACUUGCAAAUUGAAAGAUUUUUGUUCAUCUUCUUCACAUGAAAAAAUGUUUUUUCUGUGUUACUGGCUUUUAAUCAUCUUUUUAGUUGCUGGGCCUCGGUGUUGUUUUCUAGGCCCAGUACGCUUUUAUACCCAGCCCCAGCGGCGCGGUCCAACGGGCCGCUCGGGUUCCGGGAUUAUACCACAUGAAAGGAACGAAACGGAGUGUAUGUUUUCUGAUUUGGAUCAGGAUCGACAUUUUUGACCAGUACAGAAAUCUGUGCGUUGUACCAUGCUUGUGUCUUUUGCUUUCAUAUGGAUUUAUUUUCAGCAGUAGACACGAACUCGCAGAAAACUUGGCAAAAAUUAUGAUCUGACAAUGCCAUGAUCUCGCUCACCUAGAAGCGAACACGCAUAAUUUUGUUUUUCCUCAGAUCAUGCCUUGCAGCUCUCAAUGCAAUACAGUACAGACGAUUUUAUAACCUUGUUCAGGAAUCCAAAGGCAGAACGAGAGCAGCUUUCAAGCUCGCCUGACAAUUCGUUUUUGUCUAUAGAAGCUUGCGCUACAUUCGUUUUCCUCAGAGCUGACGUCGGCUUGAGUAUGAAGCAGUACCUUUUUGCCGUUCCCAUCUAUGAUGUAAAAAAGCUUUCCCGCCACGGACAUCGACAUGGUCGUAGUUCUUACAAAGGAAAGAAGACGUGAACAUCAAACAUUAACCACUGCGAUGAUUGUCAUUGUAGAGGAUUAGAAAGAACUAU